AUGGCAACCAACAUCGGAAAAUCGCUGGAAUUGGGUCCAGUUACUUACUUCCUUUUCCCUUUUCCCUUUCUAUUUGCUUUCGAAGACCUUGAGAAAUCGACCAUCAUUGAGAACGGCGAAAUCCGUAUCAACGGCAAAGGCAAGAAGAUCCGCAAGCCACGCACGAUCUACUCGAGUCUCCAGCUCCAGGCCCUCAACCAGCGCUUCCAGCAAACCCAGUACCUGGCGUUACCCGAGCGAGCAGAACUAGCAGCGCAGCUGGGCUUGACCCAAACCCAGGUGAAGAUCUGGUUCCAGAACAAGCGUUCCAAGUUCAAAAAGAUUAUGAAGCAGGGCUCCAGCAUUCAAGAUGACCACCUCCACAGUUCCUCAUCCUUGUCCCCUUGCUCCCCCAACAUCCCCCCACUCUGGGACAUCCCCAUGGCCUGCAAAGGCCCUCCCCUGCCUCCCAGCAGCUACAUCAACAGUUUUGGACCUUGGUACCACCAACCGCAGCACCAAGACGCCAUGGGGAGGCCUCCAGUGAUGUGACAAAAGGGGCACUGGCAGCAUCAGCCCAUCCUCAAUGUGUCUCUUCCUCCAAAGUGCUGAUCAGGGUCCCCGGAACAGGCGAAAGGAGGGCGUGGAGUUUGGAGGGAGAAGUUGGCUUCUUUGAAGGAAUCACCAGCACUUUUCUCUUGGUGAGAACAUCCCUGGCAGGAGAUGGACUUCGAACGGACAUGUCCAGGGACCAGAUCUUAACAACGAUGGCAGGUUGUGUGAGGCAAAGUUAGGGAAAGAACCCCCCCCAGCUCCGAAACACGAAUGGAAGGUCAGGGUCCCAUUUUAAUCGGCGUCUCUUCAUCAGGGAUUUUACAAGAGAGGUGCUUUGUGUGUUUUUCGUUCCAAAGAUAGGCUCUUGGGUGACAUGGACCUUACGUCAGAUCUAGUUGCGUUAGUAAGAGGUCAGGUUUUGCCAUUCUUCCCCCCUCUCAUCCAGCAAGGCUUCUGUGACUUAAGCAGUAUUGAUGGAAGACAGGAAAUAAACAGGUGGUGGUGUUGCUGGUUUGGAGAUUCAGUGACGGGAGGACUUUAUCUGUUGUAUUUCUGCCUUGUUCUGCAGAGGAUCAAGGUACAGAAGCAUUGCCAUCUUUACAUUUCUUUCUUUCUUUCUUUCUUUCUUUCUUUCUUUCUUUCUUUCUUUCUUGGCAAUCCUAGUUAGUGUAGCAAGGUUUUGAGCUGCACAGAGAUGUACUCCAAGGCAAGGACCUGAGAGAAGGAAUGAUUAACUGGUCCAACAGGCAAGAAAGCAGCGCUUGGAGAGUUCUUUUUAUUUAAGGGACUAGUUCUAGUUCUAUAUGUCGAAAAAGGAAGUAAUUUCAGUUCGGGUUCUUCCCUUUACAAGACAAACUAGUUCAGUUCACAGUUCAAUUCAAGUCCGUCCAAAUCCUCAACAACAACAACAACAACACACCAAAAUAAACCGAUUCAGAAUGUUACAAGCUGCGAUGCUGGAGUAUAGAA